AUGAGUUCAUCUACGAACAAACCUGGUUUCACAGGUAUGGUAACACCUCGAAGAUAUUCUACCAUGACUAGUUUGAGGAAUGUAACGCCUCAGGCAAAAGGAAAUUACCCUCAAAGCCCUUCAUUGAUUCGAAACUUUUCGAAUCCUAUGUUUCGAAGCAAUAGUACACAAUUGAGUGUUUCAGGUUCUUCAGCACUUGACCUUGGUGUUUCGGAAGGAGCUGCAUCACCUCUAGGGACGUUGGAUCGAUAUCCUCGUCCUUCCGUUUUGAACCUUCAAGAUGCAAGCAGUUACCGCACUGAAUCUUUUGAUAGUGCCGCUUCAUCAUUCUCAAAGACCGGCAGGAUUCCUUCUUCUGGUGCUGGUGAGUUGCCAUUGUUGGGCAGUGAUAUUAUAACGAGUAUUCGUAUAUGUCCUGUUGAUAGACAUAAUAAUAACCUCUGGACACAUGGAACCGUAUUAAACGAUCCUUACGGACGAGAAUACAUUCACCAAGAUACCAACUCAAACUCAUCUUCUCUUCAACAAGAAUACAUGUUUAAUCAUGUCUUUGGUAUAGAAUCCGAUAAUCUUAAUAUUUACCAAAAUUCUGUCGCUUCUGUAGUCCGAAACGUGUUUUCUGGAUACAAUGGCAUCGUUUUUGCUUAUGGCAUGACAGGAACUGGUAAAACUUAUUCGAUGCAGGGAACAGAGGAUGAGCCCGGUAUUAUUCCUUUGGGCAUGCGUGAUCUGUUUAAUAUGGUAGAGUCAAACGCGGAGUCUGACACUUUUCAAAUUCGCAUUUCCUAUCUUGAAAUUUAUAACGAAAGGAUUCGAGAUUUAAUCAGUGAUUCUCAGGAGGAGCCAAAGGUUCGUGAAGGUGCCAAUGGCGAAGUUAUCGUUUCACCGAUGGCCCGCGUGCUAGUAACAAGCCCGGAAGACGUAAGCCAGGUCAUUGAGCAGUGCAAUGCUAUUCGAAAAACGGCUGCUACCGAUUACAAUACUUAUAGUUCUCGAUCUCAUGCGAUAUUACAAGUCUUUCUUAUUCGGAAUUCACAAUCAACUCAUACAACAAGGACGUCCACUCUCAGUCUUGUUGAUUUAGCAGGAAGUGAACGAGCUUCUACUGAUCAUGAAAGAAGAAAGGAAGGUGCAUUCAUCAACAAAUCUUUACUUACAUUAGGGACCGUCAUUUCUCGGCUAUCCAACUCUGUAAAUGGAGGUGCCUCUUCGAAUAAUAAUCAUAUUCCGUACCGUGAAUCCAAACUUACUCGUUUGCUCCAGCAAUCUUUGUCUGGCCAAUCCCAGAUAUCCUUGUUGGCUACGAUCAGUGUUGAGGCCCGUCAUGCUGUUGAAACCACAAAUACCCUCAAGUUUGCUAUGAGAACUCAAAAUUUACCUACUGAAAUAAGACAAGCCGAAGCAUCUACUAACUAUCAGGCCGAAGUAAGUUCAUUACGUGCUGCACUAGUUAAAAGCAACCAAGAACUUGAGAUUUGCACAAACAUACUUAAGCAAUUCAAAUCCGACUUGGAAGAAAGAGACGCUUACAUUUCAUGGCUCGAAGCUGAAAAAUCUCAUGAAAGCGCUAUUAGUCGUGCUCGGUUACGUAUGGAAGAAUUACUUUCCGAUCGAAAUAUGGAGAUUGCAGAUUUGAAAGAAGAAAUAAAUGACAAGGAAAAAAUAAUUUAUGCAUUGCGGUCUUCACAGCAACGACGUGAGCUUGCGGAGUUAAAUCAAUCUAAAAUUCGGUUUUCGAAGUUUCGAGAUUUACCAAAUAAAUAUGUGCCCGAAGAAUCUGAAAAGGAAAAUGUGAAUUGUUAA